AUGGCAACUCUCCAAAAAACCCAAAAGCCCAGAACUAAUAACUUUACCUCGAUUUUGGAUCUGUUCCUAGAAAAAUAUAACUUGUCCGCCAAAUCCGACCCAUCUCAAUUACGUGACUAUGCCAGUGAACUCGGUGCUAUGCUUCCAAAUUGGAAAGCCCGCAAAAGCGUAAAAGAAGCUCUUCGCCGACGCUCAUUCAAAGAAGACCAGAUCAAGGCUCUUGUACCAGAUAAAAGGAAUGAAAAACUUACUAUCAAAGAGAGAGCCCAAUACUGUGCGAAAACUGGAGAUCCAUAUGAUAUUUACUUUCAUGCUUUAGAUUUAAUUGAGACAAAGAAUGAUAGUGAUGAAGAAAUUGUCACAUCCAGCUCACGUCUUACAUUAUUUCGUAAGGAAUUGAAAGAAGCUGGGGUUGAUUCUAAACUUGGAUCUGGAUAG